AAGAUCAGGAACUGCUGGCAGGAUAUUCUUAGACUGAGAUUUUCUUCCUGGCAUUUCUGCAGUUGGAGGCUGAGAGCAAUACUGGAGAAUUCAAGGGAUAUUUGCAGCAGAGGAAGAAUCCAGCUGCAGAGACGUCUAGCAGAUUGAUUCAGAUUCUGGAUCCUCCAACAACCCCCAAAGAUGGCUCACAGGAACAAAGCUGGGGCUUCCAAAGCCGGCCGCGCCAAAAAGACUCCCAAGGAGACGCCAGUUGUUACAGGACCCAAUAUGGACUCUCUGGGUUUCCUGGCUAUGGACAGCAACGUCCCAGGUUUGUCGCAGGUCAUCCUUCAAAAACUCAACAUGAAGAGCUACGAUGACUACAGGUCUGCAGUGGAAGGCAGAAAACUGUGCACGGAUUUUGGCAUCCGGUCCUAUUUUGAGAUGUUCCAGAAAAUGGAGGACACUUUCAAGUUUUGUGUUGAGUGCAAGAAGCUUCCGGAAUCAAUGCCUGAUCCUAAAAGCCUGCGGCGCUGCAAAAGGUGCCAGAAUGUCUAUUACUGUGGCUCAGAAUGCCAGCGAGCCAACUGGCCCACACACAAAAAGGUCUGCAAGAAGCUGAAGCUGGUGGCUCUCGACCGACUAGUGGAAUGGCUUGUUUUCACAGGCGACAUCCCUUUCCCCACAAGCCCCUGGACGAAGCGAAUCCUGGAGGUGAGAGGCUGGGAGGACUACUUCUCGAUGCAGGACGGUCUAGAGGAGAAGCUCAGCAAUAUCAUGACGGGGCGUUACAUGAACAUCCUCUGGGCCAAUGCUGGGAAGCCAAAGCCGGAGGAGGCGGAGCUCCUGGAGUCUGUCAAGCGGGUGAUGACGGACUUUGUGUCCAGGCCAGCCACCAUUGGCUUGGGGCUGUGCCUGUUCCACCUCGACCCCUACGCCAAGCCUAUCACGGUGCACGUGGUUGGAGCUUCCCACGUAGAGACUCUGAAUGCCCGGGUGACAGACUACGAUGAGCUCUCCCGCAUGUUUCCAAAGCACCAGGGCAUCGAGGUGGUGAUGGUGGGCGUUGACGUGGUAGAUGGGCCCAUCAUGAGGCCGCCGUUGGUGGCUUUCGGGCCCCGGGAACGAGUCUACCUCAGCAGCUACAAGGGCCUUUAUCAUGACUUCUGGGAAUCGCAGGUGGAGACCCAGCAGGCUGCUCGGCCUGACAUCGUGGUUGGCUUCCACCCAGGUUUCCAUGCCUGCCAUGACCUAAUGGAGAGUUGGCUUCCCACCUUGCUGCUCCUUCGAGACUACGAGAUCCCCUCGCUCUUCACCGUGUACAGUGAACAGGAAAUGAAGAAUUCGCUCAAGAUCUUGAUGGAGCUAGAGACCCAGAUCACAGGCUGUGGGGCCAACCCCUUUGCCUCCCUCAAACCAGAACAGGCCUACUCAAACCCCAAUAAGCCUCCUGUCUACUGCAACUCCCACUACAUGAUGUUCCGGGGGCUGUCUGCUCCCCCAGAUGAGCUGGACAUAGGAGAGCUGGAUGGGGGUGAAGAGGAGCAAGAUUAGAUGGGGAAGCUUACAGCAAGCGACCUCCUAACUCCAGGCAGCAGAGGCUUCUUCAUUUCCCCACAUCUGUUCAACUACUUGCUUGGAGCGGACAGAGAUGUCAGGAACGCAAGUGGUGGUUGUGUGCGCGUGCUCAUUCUCAAAGCUGGCCCCGUCCUUGCAGCUGAAGGGCAGAUUCCAAGGGUAGCAAAUAGGGAAGCGCCAUAGCUCAGUGGGGAAGCAUCUGCUUUGCAUGCAGGAGGUUGUGGAUUCAGUCCCCAGUCUAGGAUUGGCAGAUAUCCCUGCCUCAAACCCCAGAGAGCUGCUCUGAGGCCGUGGAUGUUGGCCCUUCUUAACUGGAAUUCCCAUCAACCCCAGAAACCAUGAAGCUACCAGCCAUGAUGUCUGUGCUCUGCCUCUGACACAGUAAUGCGUCUUGAGUACCAGUUGCUGGAAACCACAGGAGAGAGUGCUCUUGUGCUUGGGUCUCACUUGUGGGUUUCCCUCCAGGUAUCUGGCUACCCUCUGCGAGACCAGGAUGCUGGACCAGAUGAGCCUUUGGCCUGAUCUACCAGGCUCUACCCAUGGGUUCCAUGGUUGGAGGCUGAAGAGCUUUGGGAUACCAGUUGCUGGAAAUUGCAGGAAGAAAGUGUGCUGUUGCACUCAGAUCCUGCCUCCUGGCUUCCGUCCCACAGGCAUCUGGGGGUGGGGCACUGUGAGACCAGGAUGCUGGACUAGAUGGGACAUUGGUCUGAUCCAGCAGGCUCUUCUUAAGUUCUUAAGCAUGGUCAAUGUUCCUGUGGACCUGCUGUUUUUCAAAAGCCAAGCCAUGGACUCGUUGCUUUUG